UUUUGCAGCAGAACACUCCUGCUGUAAUUGUGGAAUGUUUCUCUCUCUCUCUCAGGGUGGCGUACUUAGCAGGAGAGCUUGCAAAAGCUCUGAAAACAAAGCAGCCAGAACUUGGAAUCACCAAUGAAGACAUCCUUUGUGUGCAGAUUGCAGGUCUUUGCCAUGACCUCGGUUGUGUUACCAGGUACUUGGAGUGUGGUGAAACCACAGUUGUUGGUGUCUUCAUCCUUACUGUUCACAGGCUCAUCUGUGGUGAUUUCCUCAGUCUCCACUUUCGUGCUGAGGAGGUGUCUGCGGUUUCUUUGAUACACCUGACCAUCCGAAAUGCGCACAUGCAUGAGGAAAACUCUAUAAAGAUGUUUAACUACCUGGUGGAAGUUAAUCAGCUGAAGCCGUACAUGAAGACACACAACCUGAACGUUGACGAUGGGGAAGAGGACCUGGAGUUCAUCAGGGAAAUGAUUAGCGGACCUAAGCAGAAUAACGGAGCUCAAAGCCAACAGUGGCCAUAUCAAGGUCGCUCAGAAGAGAAAUCCUUCCUCUAUGAAAUCGUGGCCAACAAAACAAAUGGCAUUGAUGUGGAUAAGUUUGACUACUUUGCCAGGGACUGCCACCACCUGGGAAUCCAGAACAACUUUGACCAUCGCCGCUUUCUAAAGUUUGCCAGGGUGUGUGAAGUUGACGGACAGAAGCAAAUCUGCUUUAGAGACAAGGAGGCAUACAAUCUGUUUAACAUGUUCCACACUAGGUACUCUCUCCACAGAAGAGCCUACAAGCACAAAGUGACCAAAAUCAUAGAGCUAAUGAUCAAAGAUGCCUUUUUAAAAGCAGAUCCACACAUCCAGAUUAAAGGCUCAGGAGGGGAGAUGCUCACUCUCUCCACAGCCAUACACGACAUGGAGGCCUACACCAAGCUGACAGAUAAAGUGUUUGAAGACAUACUCCACUCUUCCCCUGAUAACCUGAAAGAAGCAAGGGAGAUCCUAAAGAGGAUCAUGUCUCGAGAGCUCUACAAGUAUCUGGGUGAAAUUCCAUUUAAGAAAAACAUGAUGCCAAAACCCAAGGAAACCAUCAAG